CUGCAACAGGAAAAGAAGCCUGGAGGAGUGCGAUCUAGACUGUGUGUUGGAUAUAUUUGCUCUUGGAAGCAGUUUAGUGAGACUCAGGGGAGGAUCCAGCUGAUGUCACACACAUAGACACACACACACACACAUAUACACACACACUCACACACACACAGAGGAGGGGUGAGAAAAGGAAAGGAGAAGCCAUCAAACAGACGCUUCCAGUGGAGAUCUCGCUGAAAUAUCUGUAUGCCCUGCCUGCUGCUGCUGUAGUGAUCAAUGAUAAUGAAAUAUACAUAUCCAGGCAGGGGGAGAGGUGGAGCUCUGCUGGAGUAAAGUGUGGAGUGACAAGAGGAAGAAAGGUGGGGGAGAGCCACACAAGGACGAGGAGGCUUUCUAUUAGGAGUGGGACAGCGCUGUACUGGGGGCACCACCUGCUUUUCUUUGUCAGGAGAAGCCUUGAUCCCUGGACCUUGGAGGAGAUACAGAAUCGCUUUAAUCUCUGCCUGGUUGGCUUCCACCGGGAGAGGAGGACCGCAGCACCGGACUGGACUAGAAUAGGAGGAUCUGGAUGGUGCAGGAUACUCCAUAUUCGUUAUGAACUCCCGGCUGCGUGCUUUGGGUGGGAGGAUAAACAACAUACGAGCAAAUGAACUUCCAAAGGAGAAAAGUAGAUCGGAGGUGGUCUGCAAUGUAUGCUUCUUGGAUGGAUCACAGGAGAGCUUCAGAGUUAAUAAACAAGAUAAUGGGCAAGCUCUACUGGACAUGGUCUACAACCACUUAAGCGUGAAAGAGCGAGAAUAUUUUGGAUUACAGAACACCGAAGAUUCAAUGGAAUCGCAUAGAUGGCUUGAACCAAAUAAACCUAUUCGGAAACAACUGAAAGGAGGAUUUCCUUGCUCCCUUGUCUUUCGAGUUCGUUUCUUCAUACCUGACCCCAACACAUUACAGCAAGAUCAAACCAGGCAUUUAUACUUCUUGCAGCUAAAAAGUGAUAUUCUUGAUGGGAGGUUAGCGUGCCCGCUGAACUCUGCUGUUGUGCUGGCCUCCUAUGCUGUACAAUCUGAACUUGGAGAUUAUAAUUCCUCAGUACAUCUUCCAGGACACCUAUCAAGUCGAAAUUUUAUUCCAGGUCAAGACAAUGAAUUCAUAAACAAAGUAGAAACACUGCAUGAACAACACAGUGGUCUUGGACAAACAGAAGCGGAAUCAUGCUACAUCAACAUUGCGAGAACGCUUGAAUUCUACGGAGUUGAAAUGCACAGUGGUAGAGAUCUCCACAAUUUAGAUCUGCUAAUUGGAAUUGCUUCUGGAGGUAUAGCUGUAUACAGAAAACUAAUUUGCACCAGUUUCUACCCCUGGGUAAAUAUUCUGAAAAUCUCUUUCAAAAGAAAAAAGUUUUUCUUACAGCAGCACACAAAAAAUAAUGAAUGCAGAGAUCAGAUUAUUGCCUUCAAUAUGUUAAAUUACCGGUCGUGCAAGAACCUCUGGAAAUCUUGUGUGGAGCAUCAUACAUUUUUUCAGACAAAGAGGUCACUACAUUACGAAAAGAAGCUUGUGUCUAAUUACUGGACGUUGGGCACAUUUAAUCAAGCAAAGUGUGCCAGCAGCCAACUGUGUAGAAAAGUGAUUGGCGGAAUGGUAUGGAACACUGAUUUAAGAAGGUCUGUGUCUGCAGAGCAUCUGGAGACCAAAAGCUUACCUUCCCGAUCGCCACCAAUAACCCCAAACUGGCGGAGUCCAAGGUUACGCCAUGUUAUUAGGAGGCCACAGCAUUCCUCUGCUGAUAAUCUCGCCAAUGAAAUGACGUAUGUAACGGAAACAGAGGACGUGUUCUAUACGUACAAAGGUUCCCCAACGUCAAAAGACAGUGAUUCUGAGUUCUUUCAAAAUCGCAGUCCUCAUAGUAGGUCAUCAGAUCAAGAUUCUCCAAAGAAUAUUUUGGAUCACAGCCCAAAAGAAAACACCCUGACCCUCACUCAUCAAGCCCCUUUCCCUAAUUCUCCUAAUGGACUUUCAAGCCAUUUGCCAUCCUCGCAUCCACUUGAAGGUGUGGAUAAGACAUUUUUGGAAACCUAUGAUAAUAUCAAGAAAGGAGGCUCCACAGAUGAUUCCAACCAGUACUACUGCGAUAAGAAUGAAGUUGGAAAUGGAGAGCUGCUUUUGGUCCGUAUCACACCAGAUGAAGAUGGGAAAUUUGGAUUCAACCUGAAGGGUGGUGUGGAUCAGAAAAUGCAAUUAGUAGUAUCUAGAAUAACACCUGGAUCACCUGCUGAUAAGUGCACUCCAAAACUUAAUGAAGGCGAUCAGAUUGUGCUGAUCAACGGCCGUGAUAUAUCGGAGCACACGCAUGACCAAGUAGUAAUGUUCAUAAAAGCAAGUCGAGAGUCCCACACACGGGAACUUGCUCUGCUGGUUAGGCGUAAAGUUGUCAAGCCACUUGGGGACACAAAGCCCGGAGAUGAGACAGAUUUGCAACUUUUCCCAGCUUUGAUUCUUCCGACUUGCUCGGAAUAUGGUGACACGUUGCAAGGAUCGAUGGAGCAACUUGCAAAAGGCUUGGAAACUGGGGUUGUGCUCAUUCAGUUUGAGCAACUUUAUCGGAAAAAACCCGGGCUUGCUAUUAGCUGUGCAAAAACGGGUCAAAAUAUGGACAAAAAUCGAUACAAAGAUGUCCUGCCUUAUGAUACCACUCGGGUGGUGCUGGAGGGAAAUGAAGACUACAUCAAUGCAAGCUAUGUCAAUAUGGAAAUCCCUUCAUCUAAUAUUGUAAACAAAUAUGUUGCCACUCAAGGACCUCUCCCUCACACCUGUGCACAUUUCUGGCAGAUGGUCUGGGACAACAAAUUAUCUUUGAUCAUCAUGUUAACAACUCUUACAGAACGAGGAAGAACAAAAUGCCAGCAGUACUGGCCUGAUCCUCCAGACGUGUUGGAAUAUGGGAAUUUUCGGGUAAAAUGCCUCUCAGAAGAUUGCACGAUAGCUUUUGUCUUUAGAGAAAUGAUCAUUUCAAAUGCUGAGACAGGUGAAGAGCUUACUGUAUCACAUUUGCAAUAUGUUGCGUGGCCGGAUCAUGGAGUACCAGAUGAUUCAUCUGAUUUCCUGGAGUUCGUAACUUGUGUGAGGCAAAAGAGGCUGGAUAAUCAACCUGUCCUUGUUCACUGCAGUGCUGGAAUUGGUCGAACAGGUGUUCUUAUAACCAUGGAAACAGCCAUGUGUCUGAUUGAACAAAAUCAACCAGUUUAUCCUCUGGACAUUGUGAGGCAAAUGCGAGACCAACGAGCUAUGAUGGUUCAGACAUCGAGCCAGUAUAAGUUUGUUUGCGAAGCUAUUCUCCGAGUUUAUAAAGAUCGAUUAGUUCAACCACUACUUUGCAGCUGAUGGCGUCAAGCUCCGUAGACUGAACCGGGCUUCCACAGAAUAAUAUAAGAUUGUAUGAAACGUCCACAACGCAGAGAUGAGCACAUCGGUGGCACUUUAAAUUUCUGUAAACAAUUUUAAACUAUGUACAUAUGGAUGUGUAUAUAUUGUGUUAUGUAUAUGUGUCUAGAGAUGUGUAUAAAAUCAUUUUGCACAUAUUGUACACACAAUAAGAAUCACAGAAACACUACGUGAUACCUUAUUUUGCCUUAGACAAGACUUCCUUGGGAAUAAUAUAAUGUUUCACGUUUCAUGUUUCAGUAGUAUUGAGAAUGUUCACUAUAUUUUUAGAAUGUAUGUCUUAGUAAAAACCAGGACAACACAGACAUAUAAAUAUAUCACAUAUUCAUUAUAUUUUUUCAAAAAGUGUGCCAAGAAAUAACAUAUCGUAAAAAUAAAUUAGACACUUGUACACUUGGAAGUACAUAUUUUAACUUUUUUAAUUAUGCGUUGCUUAAAAUCAAAUGAAGUCAUGUAUAGAAAAAUGUCGAUAGCACAAACUUCGGUACAGCAAUAGCUUGCGUCACGUUUCCUUUGUCUCUAACUGAAUAUACAAGAAACACAAUUGAGCAAAUGAGUCCAUGUAUUAAUUGACGUGAGAUUUGAUGUAUGCCAGUAACAAUUGUUACAUAAACCUUCUUGUCAGCAUUCUCGCUGGGAUUGAUAAAAGGCUAACAACAUUUAUUAGUUGAAUCUCACAACUGAUUAGUUAAUACAGAUUCUGGGUGCUUCUAGGUCACCAAGAUCUAAUCGCAAAAUAGUAAGAGAAAGAACUUUUGAUACAUAAUUUGUAAGAUGUGCGCUAAAUUUACAAAGAAGCUAAUACUUAAUCACCAACUUCCAUGUUUAAACUAUAUAAAAGAACAACGAGGCACUUCUUUAUUUAAUAUUUAAAUAGUAAUGAUAUUACAUGUAUUUAAUUUUAGCGGCAACAUGUUGUUAGACUUACCAAAGAAGCAUUUGUUAAAAUACUUUCCACAUUGAUGUAGAAAAGAAGCAGAAAUACGAUGGUCGAGAAAUCAAAACAAAUGUCACGUUCAUAUUUAAUAUGCUGUGGAAAACUAUGUGAAGUGUUUUUAUUUAAAUUAAAAUUAAUACAUUCAUUGUUUUUGGCUCUGACAUGUUCCAACAA